AUGUUGAACGAAAGUCUUACAAACCCAUUGUUCGGAAAAGGCAAGUGCAACAUUGUCAGAGCUGUAAACAUUCUUUUCGAGAAAGGUUUGUUGGAACCAAUUCCAGAUGACAAGCUGACAGAAACUUUUGUACCAAAAGACGAAACAAACUUUUCACUGUUAGCAAGACCAAAAGUUGUUCCAGACAAAGUUCUAGUACAAAAGAAGUACACAAUUCCACAAGGAGUUGGAUUGUUCGGAUACCAACCUGAACCAGAAGAACUUCCAAUGAGGUUGCAAGAACUUCAAGAUGCUAUAAACAAACUUCCAUUGAGACAUCCAAUUGACGUCAAAUUGUAUUGGAGAGCAUCUGAGUUAGGUCAGAAGGUUUUAUAUGAAACAGGUUGCUUCGACGAUGUUUAUGAGAUAACAGGAGAAGUUUCUCAGAAGAUAAGAGACUCACUUGAAUUUCCACAAACUGGACCAAUUGGUUGCGACAAGUUCGACUCAAACGAAAAGAUAUACUAUGUCGACCUUAACGCUGCAUACAUGAGGUUUGUCCAAUAUAUUCCGACUGGAAUUCCAAACGAAGAUGGUGAGUUCCCGGGAAGGAACUAUACAGUUGGAAAAGUCAUACAACAACUGUAUGAUAUUAGGAAAGCUUCAAACCCCAAACUUGCAAUGACACUCAAAUUGCUUAUGAAUUCGACAUGGGGAUAUUCCAUUAAGAAACCUCAAGAGAUGAAGAGUAAACAUUAUGAGAAGGUCGACAACUUUGUUGAAAGGUUUUCUCCUUUUGUUUUGAAGUACGAAUUCACUCAAGGUCAAAGUGGCUUAGUAACCACAUUAAAACCUAUUGUCGAACAUUGGUCUUACCCUCAGUUCGCAAAGGCAGUCCUUGACAACUACAACAAAUUCUUCUCCGAAGUCAAAUCGAAAGUUGUGGUUUACUAUGAGAACAUUGACGCACUCAUGACGAACGAAGAAGGAUACAACAAACUCAUUGAAAUGGGAAUGGUCAGUGAAAAGAUGGGCUGUUUUAAGCUAGAUAAGGUAUUUUCUGAAGUUCAUGUCCUCUCCAAGCGUAAGUACUGGGGCAUACUUGAAGACGGCACAGAAAUAAAACAUUGCAUGAAAUAA